UCUCAACCCAGAACAACUGAACAGAGAGUUUUGUUGUUAUGGAGGUGACACUCAGGGAGGAAACUGCCAAAACCCUCGAAUCACCAGCCAAGGGUCAGGAUGCCACCGAGGAUGACCCUGUGGCCCUCAGACACGAGCUCCUCCUGCACGAGAUCGAGGCCAUCGACGAGUAUUGGGGUCCGACCUUCAGGACCAUAUACGAUGGCGACGAGCAUGGGAAGUUCAUGGAACGCCUGGAUACACGAAUUCGGAACCAUGACAGAGACAUCGAGAGAAUGUGUAAUCACCAUUACCAAGGAUUCAUUGACUCCAUCAGGGAACUUCUACAAGUUAGGUCACAAGCACAUAAACUCAAGAUGGAAGUGGUCAGAAUUGAUGAGGAGGUUCAAGAAUCGGCAAAGCAGCUAAUGGCCAAGAGUGAGGAAUUGGUCAAGACACGGAAAGUCCAGUCAAAUAUCUGUGCCGCCAUAGAUGCCCUUACCCUCUGUCUGCCUGUCCUAACCACGUAUUCCAAGCUACAGAAACAGAUGCAGGAGAAAAGAUAUUAUCCUGCACUGAAAACUCUAGAGCAACUUGAACACACCUAUUUACCACGUGUUGCAAGUUAUCGCUUUGCCCAGCAAAUGCGUGACAACAUUCCUCGAGUUCGUGAAGACAUUAAACAGGCAUCUAUGUCAGAUAUUAAAGAUUUCCUGGAGGCAAUCAGACGAGUGUCAGCACGAAUUGGUCAGGUUGCCAUGAAGCAUGCUGCUCUUCAGUACAAUAUGGACCCUAAUCUAGCAAUGACAAGAUCCAAGAGGCAUGCGCCACUGCCUCCAAAUCCAUUCACAGGUGAGACUUAUGAAGCUCAGUCAGAAGCCCAGAGUGAUGAAGAAGAGGAGCUGUGUGCCCAGGACCUAAUCAAUUUUGCUCCUGUGUACCGCUGUCUUCACAUUUACACAGUCCUAGGAGCCCGGGAGCAGUUUGAGACUUAUUACAGGCAGCAGCGAAGAGAGCAAGCCAGGCUAGCUUUGCAGCCACCAACUAACAUGCAUGAAAAUUUAGAAGGCUAUCGACAGUACCUGUAUGGUGUUGUGGGAUUCUUUGUGAUAGAGGACCAUGUUCUGAACACAGGCAAUGGACUGGUCACACGGCCAUAUCUGGAUGAGGUUUGGGACAUGGCAUCAGGAAAGGUUGUGAACAACAUCCGCAAUCAUUCAUCAUACUGCACUGAUACCCAUCUUAUGCUCAACAUCAAGAACCUUAUUAUGUUGUUUGCCCAUACUUUACAGAACUAUGGGUACACUGUGAAUCCACUACAUGAGUUGUUACUAGAAGUUAAAGAUCACUAUAAUGAAGUUUUGAUGCAAAAAUGGGUACAGGUAUUUCGGGAAAUAUUUGAUGAAGACAACUAUCAUCCUAUUCAAGUUGAAACCCCAGAGGAGUAUCAUCGAAUUACUGAGGUCUUCCCUUAUCAUGACCUAGCGCUGGAGCAGUCCUCGUUCCCUAAACGAUUCCCCUUCAGUUUAAUGGUUCCAAAAGUGUACCGGCAGGUCAAGAAUUAUGUUGCAGCUUGUUUAGAGUUCUCGGAAGAUCUGAAUUUAAGUCAAACAGAGAAGGAGGACAUGGUACGGAAAUCGACCAACCUUCUGCUGACCCGCACUUUGAGUGGCUGUUUAGCAACAUUAAUCAAGAGACCUGGAUUGGGACUCCUGCAACUCAUUCAGAUAACCAUCAACACACUACAUUUAGAACAUGCUAAUGUUCUUUUAGAACAUUAUGUAGCUAAGUUGACAGGGAGCAUAGAGGACAGCAGCACACCUGGCCUGGGUAGACUUCAGGGCAAGGCUAUGUUCAAAGACAUUAGAGGGGAAGCUGAGGAACAAAUUUACACAGCUCUUAGACUGAAGCUGGAUGAAUUCUUGGAUCUGGCUGCCUACGAUUGGAUGUUGGCUGAACCCCAGGGAACAUCAUCAUCCUAUGUCACUGAUCUCAUAGCUUUCCUUAACUCGACUUUCACAGCAUUCACCAAUUUGCCAGUGCGUGUAGCACAGACUGCUUGCAUGUCAGCUUGUCAGCAUGUGGCAAAAUCACUGAUGUCCAUGUUGCUGAGUGAAGAUGUAAAACAGAUGUCUCUUGCAGCUCUGGAGCAAGUAAACCUUGAUGUCAUCCAGUGUGAACAAUUUGCUGCAUUUGAGCCGGUGGAAGGAUUUGAGGAAGGAGCUCUUCUAAUGUGCUUUGCUGAUCUUCGGCAGUUAUUAGAUCUUUUUAUGACAGAGGAUUGGUCUACAUAUUUUCAUGAUUAUGGCUCAGAGAACUCCAAGUACCUACGAGUCAAUCCUCAUAAUGCCAUUAUCAUUGUAGAAAAAUUGCGUGAGGGAGAAAAGCGUGGCAUGUUCUCCAUACUCAAGAGAAGUGACAAGAAGAAGCUUCUGGAAACUGUCCUGAAGCAACUUAGACAGCUAACCCAGCAACAGCACACCACUUGAGCCUCCCAUGUGUAGGUUAUUGAAAAUGUGUCUCAAAAAAGGGCUACUUAAAUUUCCUAUGUUAAACAAAAUAGGUCUCCAACGUUAUGUAAAUAUGUAUCUGUAUUUAAUAUGGAAUGAUGCUGUAUCUAAAGUGGAAUGAUGCUAAC